AUGUUAUUACUAAUAUUACUUAUAUAUUCCUACACAUCGGACGGACACGAGAGGCCAAAUCUCAAAUUUCCGCACGACUCGAGAAGGCUACACGAUGAACCUCUUCCAGAGCCACUGCCGUCACCAUUUGGAAAUAAGGUGUACCUGAAAACCAAAUUACUCGACAAUUUGAAUAACUUCUUCCCGAAUACCGACGAAACUCUAGAAAUCUUCGGACCCCGCGACAAGGUGCCAUCGCCACCGGCCCCUGAGACGAACUCUGUAGUCGAACAACAAGUGCCCAUUCCGCUGCCAGGAGAGAGUUUGUUCCCGCAAUCUCCAGCACCUCGGCAAAAUUCACUCGAUCAUAAUCCUUUUCCUACACUCAUACCAACCGAGUUACCUAUAUCAAUGUCAGAACCUCCUCCAGAGCUGCCACCACUCCCACCGCCUCUACUGUCGCCAAAGAAGCGUGACACCUAUAAUGCAUCAAAAGAACGACCGUAUGGUCAUGCUGAUGCGACAUUGACUGACAGAUGGCUCAGAUCGGAGGGACCAAUCAUUUCUAUCAAAGUGCUUGACAGCAUCAGAGACUGGAGAAAACGUCUUUAUAAGGCCUUCAAAUCGAAGAAGCCGAGAACGGUACCACCUCGAGCGAUUGAGGCCCUGCCUUUGGAACUGAAAGGCUCAAAUGUCACUCAUUUAAUAUUGGACAAAAAUCGUCAACUGGGUCGGCUCUUCGGCACGGAAACAAGCGGCUACAAGUCUUCACCACAAGGAGAUAGUGUUCCCGAACGCUUAUCCAGAGAUUUUCAUCCACUGUCGUCCAAACGGAAGGCUUAUCGAACUCCUGGCGGUCGCAAUGUCGUCUACAUUCCAGCACCACCUCCGAGCCGGGAGCUACUUCCACCACCGGCAACGGCUUCGCCUUCAACACUGCCUCCAAUGAUUUUCACCUUCCCACCUCUGCAAACCACUGCCCCACCAUAUAAUCCUGGCAAUAAUUUUCUUGGUGGCAAUUUUAACUUACAAACGCCACCACCUCCGCUACUUUCGCCACCUCUGCAAGUGCCAGUUGUAACUCCGUACGUCACUUCCGAAGAUGCUAAUAUGGCUGGUGAUUAUGAAGAUGAUGGCCUGCAGACCCAACCACUCAGCCUCCCCAAUAUUUGUGCCGGUGAAAUGAUGUGCACAAACAGCCAAGCGGUAAGCGAAGACAAAUGUAACAGUCUGCGUUUGCGGAACAUCAUUCAGAACAACAUUGUUCCGAACGAUGCAGAAGCUUCGAAGAGAGCAGUGCAGUCAGCAGCAGAGUCGGAAACAGGGCUGUUCUUUGACGCAGUUUGUGGCACAGGAUUCUUUAGCUAUAUCGUGUCCUUCAAGAACAGCAUAAAAGAUUGGCGACGGCAAUGGCAGGUCAGCCGUCCUGCCAUGGGUUCACACACGUUCAUUGGGACCAUAACUACCCUUAGUGCCAUCGCGGCGGUUGGCGCAAUCAUCGCUAUAAUCUAUAUUGUUAAUGACCUCAAUAGCUUCUAUGAUGAUGCCAUAGAGGAUCUUAUCGAGUUCAAGGGGGUAGCAGAUUCAGCGUGGAACAGAAUGGUUCCUACACCCGAAGAACUGAGUCGCGAAAGAAGGUCCUUACGAAUGAAGCGCUGCGGUUCCAGCGAAGAGGAAAAACAAUCAAGCAAGUGCCCAUCGGGCCCACCCGGACCACGUGGGCCAGAUGGCCAUUCUGGAGAGGAUGGGAUUCCAGGACAACCUGGAGUUCCAGGAGGAACCAAGUACCCUAUAGAGCUGCUGGAAAAACUGGAAGUUACCACGGCUCUAUGA